AUGAAUAUAACAUAUAAGCACGUUGCGCCAGUUCCAAAACUUCAAGCCUGGUGUCAGAAGGGAUUCUGUUGCAAGCAAUAUUUCUCCUCCUCUCCACUGUCUUUCAGCAAACAUCUGAGCAAAGAUGAAAACAUGGACAUCUUUGGGAAAUGCAACCACACCCACGGACACAACUAUCAAGACCUAAUGCCCCUGAACGUAGAAAAUGUCCAUCUUGGGGGGGGAAACAAAACACCUUUUUUAUGCUUUUGUCCUCAGAUGGCCAUCAUCGAGCCUCUUGACCACAAGGACCUGGACAACGACGUGGAUUAUUUUGCCAAUGUUACAAGCUCGACGGAGAAUCUGGCCAUGUACAUCUGGAACAGCCUGGAAAAAAUCCUUCCCUCGGGGUGCCUCUACAAAGUGAAGAUCUAUGAAUCGGACAAAAACUUUGUUGUUUUUAAGGGCAACUAACCCCCCCCGCUCCCUUUCGCGAAUGAAAGACGGGGAGCACAGUCUGGCAAACCCCAAGACGACCCCGUCAAGUUCAACCUAACCGCUUCAAGGAACUUCAAUAGUCACUUUUGCUAAGGCGCAUCUGUACAUGUAUGUUUCCUGCUCGAUGGCUAGGUGCAGAGCAUUGGGGCCUAGAAGGCUGCAAAGCAUGGGGCGAGGUCAGGAGAAACAUCCCUCAUCUUUGUAAGGUUCUGCCCACGAAUCUUCCUUAAGACACCCGUCCCGUACAUUUAAUUGGAGAGUCUUACGACGUCAGAAUUAUUAGCAUGAUAUAAGCUUGAUGGGCCAGAGUUUUUGCUGAGGGGGGAAUCGGAUAAACAAAACCGAACACAAAUCGUGUUAAGGGCAAUGGAACUUAUGAAUUCCAAAGGAGCUGGGCAGUCAAUCGAUCAGUCAAUCAGAACAGAGCUGGAAGGGGCCUUGGAGGUCUUCUAGUCCAACCCCUUACUCAAGCAGGAGACCUG